AUGUCACGCCGGAAGCAGAAGCGACCCCAGCAUCUAGUUAACGCGGAUCCGGGGGGCCCGAGGCUGCUAUCUCACGAUGAUCAUCUGGGCAUGAAAUCCCCUUCCACUUCUCUUGGCUCAGAAGUGACCUCGUCAGGUUCCUCCUCCUCAUCCCCCACCUCUCUCCAGGACUGCCAGCCGCCUCUGGCCCCUCGCCCAUCCCCUGGUGGGCUCCACGCGCCCUCCUUGCCCAGCGAGAGCUCGCCUCCUCCCCACUGGCCCAGCCACAUCGCUCCCUUCACCACCUCCCUCCCAAACACCCACUCGUCCCUCUCCCCAGACUUUCCUCACCCCUCACUGUCAUCCCAGACUCACUCGCCUCCUCCCCUGGGUCAAACCUCAGGUUCCCACAGCCUGUCCCACCAAGGCAACUCUCACUCCACCAUGACCUCCCCACCAAUGGGCAGCUCAGCCACCAGAACUACCUCCUCCUCUUCCUCCUCCUCGUCCUCUCAGUGUGUGCAGCUGCACCGCGACAGCAUCAGUCCAUCUCAGCUGCAGCCCUCCGGCUCUCCGGGGCAGCAUGGACAAAUCCAUGUGUCGCCCACCCUGGCGGUGCUCCUCGAGGAGCUGAGGGUUUUACAGCAGAGGCAAAUCCACCAGAUGCAGAUAACAGAGGAGAUCUGUCGGCACGUUCUGAGGCUCGGAGGCGCCGUCUUUGGCCAAGAUAAUAACACGCAGGCGAGUGGCGCAGACUGCAACCGUAAGCCUUCAGGAGCAGCGUCUUCCUCGCCAACACACCCCUCCACUGCCACGCCAGCGACCCCAGCCUCAUUGAUUUCGACUGGCCUUCCAUCUUCUCUCUUCCCCCAGCCCUCUGUCUCCAAAUCAGGUGCUUCACAUGUCAACGGCAGCAGAGCUCAAUCCUCCUCUACCUCUUCCUCAUCCAUUUCAUCCAAUAUGACCUCCUCUGUUGCCUCCCUGCACCCUCUGUCCUUGUCACUGGGCCUGCCGCCUCGCCACCUCCACGAGAAAUCCUCCAACACCUCCUCGUUUGGUCAUAGCAAUGGUCUCAGUUUCUCGACUCCUCCCCUUCCCACCACCAGCCACUCCCAGGAUCUCCAGCCCAGCUCCUCUCUGGGCUCUGCCUCCUCAGCGGGUCGCCCUCAACAUGUGUGCCGUUUUUGUGGGAAGGUGUUGAGCAGCGACUCAUCGCUCCAGAUCCAUCUGAGGUCGCACACAGGGGAGAGGCCCUACCAGUGUCCGGUCUGCCUGAGCCGAUUUACAACCAGGGGGAACCUCAAAGCCCAUUUCUUGCGACACAGAGAGCAGAACCCAGAGCUGUCCCUCUCCCUGCUUCCCCCAGCGCUAUCGGAGCAAACGCAGAUCGUUCCCGUCUCGACCCAGAGAAGAAGAAAGCGGCGAGCUGAUGAUGACGAGUCAUUUAAUGGAGUGAAAGGAAGCGUUCCUGGGAUGCCCGAGAACAUGGCUUUAGGAUUCCUGUCCGGUGCAUCCGCCCGGCCCUCGCCUUCCUCUCUCCCUCUGCCGCCGUCCGUGGACAUGGCGUUGUUAUCCACGGCCCACUCGCUGCUCCAGCUCAACCGAGCCUCGGCUGCAGCCGCCGCCAACGCGUCGAGCACCGGACUGCCUGCUUCCUCUUCGUCUUCCUCCUCCAUGGGCAGCCAGUUCAAAGGAGCGAAGCAGCAGCGGUUUGAUGAAAACACACCUCCUCACUCUGCCCUCCAUACUACCGCUCCGUACUCCCAGCUGGCCCACCUCCCCAAGAUCCUCUUCCCCGACGGCACCUCCCCUCACCACCUUGCACUUCUCCGGCCCCCGGGCCACCCGUCCGCCUCGCACCUCACUUCGGCUCAUCGGCUCCCCUUUCCGUUUCCGCCUUUCCCCAAGCCAUCGACCUCCUCCCCCUCUUCGUCCUCUCCCGCCACCUCUACCCAGACGUCGGAGACCUCCAAGUUGCAGCGCCUGGUGCAGAAGCUCGAGAAGGGGGCGUCGUCUUCCUUCAGCUCCUCGCAAAGCCUUGCUGAUGCACACGGCCAUGACCUGUCCACCACCUCCAGCGCCUACCGCAGGGAAAUGUUGGCCGCUCUCGGCCUGAGCCCGAGCGCCAACGCUGCUGGACUGCUGGCCGGCCAGGGACUCUCGGGUUCUGGCGGCGCCCAGGCGGCUAAUCAGUGCGCCGUGUGUCUGCGCGUCCUCAGCUGCCCCAGAGCGCUGCGAUUGCACCAAGCCACGCACCUGGGCGAGCGCCCGUUCCCCUGUAAGCUAUGUGGCCGUUCCUUCUCCACGAAGGGCAGCCUCAGAGCCCACCUGGCCACUCACCGGGCGAGACCGGCGAACUUGCGCGCACUGAACUCCUGCCCGCUGUGCCCGCGGAAGUUCACCAACGCCUUGGUUCUUCAGCACCAUAUCCGCUUGCACCUGGGAGGGCAGAUACCUCCCGACGAAGAUAUGCCCGCUGAAGACGCGGAGGAAACGGAGAACGCCGUCUUCAACGAGCGUGAGAAUAGCUCUCCGACAAAAGCCCAACAGCUCCUUCCUCUGGCUUUAACGACACGCUCCAAGUCUCCAAUUGAUGCUCUGAACUCAGGGUCUGCUUCUAAGAAAUCCACAGCUGCUGAUGCCACUUCGGUGAAGACGGAGGAAUCCGAGGGUUCAACGCCCAGUGUUAGCCCACCCCUGACCCGUAAUCCCCCCUCAGUAGGAGCCCAGGACCCCCUGCGUCUGAGAAACAACGCCCUAGCUGAUGGUCGCCCCGUGAACAGCGCCGUGUUCUCCGAGGAGGAGACCCACGCUGACCUGGGCAGCACCAGCCCUUCAAAAGCACCCGGAGAUGCUUCUCAUGCAGCUGUAGUGAAUGGAGACGCGGAUGACACCCCUCUAUCCCUCUGCGUUUCCAAGCCCGUGGUAGAAAAUGACACGCCGCAUGCAGAUGUUCAUAAUGAUGACGCCGCCUCUACAGACAAACCUACCGCGAGUCCCGAUUCGAACCCCAAACCCCCGGCUGCAGAUGCUUCGCCUGAACUCGGCCCCGAAGCUAUCCCCGACGCAGAAGAGGCCUGUGGCGGUGCACCACAGGGGGCACGAGAGGGAGAUGCCGCCCAAAGCAGUGGCGAGAGUGAGACCACCACACCCACAGAGCCUUUGCCAGUUUCGGAGCCGGAGAAGGAUGCUCAAGGGAAGGAUGCUCAAGGGAAGGAUGCUCCAGUGAAGGAGGAAUGUAGCGUGCAAGAAGAGCCUUCAGAGGACCCAGAGCCCUCUGUCCCAGCACCGGCCCAGCCUCCUCGCUCUGACAAACCCUACAGCUGCUCGCAGUGUGGGAAGGCAUACGCCAGCCGUAGCGGACUUAAGGGCCACAUGAAAACUCACCCUGCAGCGUUGCCCAAUACCCCCUCCAAGGCUCAAACCAAUGACACAGACAUUGUGGAGGAUCGCAGCAAGAGCACAACUACGAAGAAUCGGGUACAGAAGGAAGAAGAGCAGGGAUUGGCUAAAUCCCCUGAGAAAGGGGAUGCACAGAUCCUCUACCACCAAUCGGUGUGGUAUCUAGCGUGGCGGACAAGCCGAUGGACACUACCGUGUAGAGUUAGUUUCGUUAAGUGGCUGCAGUCAGUCUUUAAAAAAAGGGUCCUGACAAAGGAAUGUAUUUUUUUCUUCUUCUUUUCCAAUAGAAUGAGAAUCGUUUUCUAGAGUUAUUGAUUCGAAUUCAUGUUUACCUUUUUGUAUCGGGGGAGAUAGAUCUAGUUCGUAUCGUAGUCGCAUUGCAAGAGAUUUGUGACCAUAGUAUGUUAGCUAUGUAUUUUUGUAUUUCAAAGACCACAGUGAGGCCUUAUCUUACACACUUCAUAGAAUUGUCACAAUGAGAAUUAAUUGUUUGCGCCUUUUUUGUUUUUCCGUUGCUGAAACCUAUUUCAGCACAUUCUGUUUGAGCUGAUUUGAAUAAGAGGGACGGUCCAGCAUUUUCUUACAAGAUUAAACCCAUACCAAAACGGGCCAUACAUUUGGUAAUGGCCAAUGUUUGUAAAUUUUAGCUUCAGUUACAAUCGAUGCCUUUAUUAUUGUUACUUUCUUUCUUUUUUUUCAAUGCCAUGCUGCUGAAAGCAUGUUUCUGAUGUGCUGAGUUGCACUGUGAGCUGCACUGUGUCCUGUGCUGCCGAAACAUCUCCCUGAACACGUUAGCAAUGAUGAUGAUGAUGAUAAUAAUAAUGAUGGCGAUGAUUGUGUUCCUACUUUUGUGAACAGUCCUUGGAAUUAUAGCUGUAACAUUUGCGAGCAGCAAAUGACCUUAUUCAUACUGAUGAUUGUAAAUGUUCUUUCUUGUUGCUGAUGCUAUCUGGAGUGUCGAACCGACAACAAGGAUGAGCCCUGUCCGUGAAACCCCCCCACCACCACCACCUCUAUUUCCCCACCCCUCUACCUCCAGCUCUCCUCUCUCAAAGCACUUGAGAGUUUUCUGCUGCUGCAGAAAUUGUCUGCCCUCGCUGCAUUCCUGCGUCGCCCAGUUUAGUAUUCGUAUUCUUUGUAACCCCUUUUUCUUUUCUUUUUUGUAGCAAAGACACACUUUGUUCCCAUCCCUCCCAUGUGAUGUAUAAAAGAUAAAUAAAACAAUGGUGAUGAGAA